UUUCUUAAAAUCAAACUCACGCUAAAUCAAAACCCCAAUGUUGACGAGGUGAAGCUAAAAGAGCCAAAGAAAGAGCAACAGUGGCAUCUCCGCAUCCAGCGUGAGACACACUCAAAUGAAGGAGCAAUUACCAAACCCAAUCAAGCAAACCUGAACUGUCAACGUAAUAUCCACGUUCCCCCAAAACCCCACACACCUCGUUUUGAACGAAUUCUCUUUCUCUUUAUCCUGUUCUGUUCCCCUCAUAUCACUCACUCCUCCGUUACCGUUUCAGCUUUGUGAAUCCUGGGAUGCCUCUAUUCUUCUCCUUCAACUCAAUGCCACUCCAAGAUUCGAAACAUGGUGAAUGACAACAAAAGAGACAAAAAAAAUUGAAUUUUGAAAAGUGGGUUUUGGGCCCUUGAAGCAUACUGAGUGUGUAUUAGGACUGUUGAUUAGGUGAAUCCAUUGGAUUGGGGAAUUAAGUGUACUGUCAAUGGGGGGUGAAACAAUGAACGGGUCAUGGUUCAGUGUUUUGUGGCCAGUCUCUCGCAAGAGUGCAUCAGAUAACAAGGCAGUAGUUGGAGUUUUGGCAUUAGAAGUUGCAGGGUUGAUGUUGAAGGUGGUUAAUUUAUGGCAAUCUUUGAGUGAUGCGGAGGUAUUGAGCCUGAGGGAGGGGAUAGUGAACUCAGUUGGAGUUAAAACACUGGUGUCUGAUGAUGAUGAUUACUUGAUGGAACUUGCAUUGAACGAGAUACUUGAUAACUUUCAAUCUCUGGCACGGUCUGUGGCUAGAUUGGGUAAGAAGUGUGUGGAUCCAGUUUAUCAUCAAUUUGAACAUUUUGUUCAUAACCCGGCUCAGAAUUAUUUCCAAUGGUCUGAGUGGGAGUAUAGGUGGAAAAAGAUGGAGAGGAAAGUGAAGAAAAUGGAAAAAUUUGUUUCCGCUAUGACACAGUUUUGUCAAGAGGUUGAGGUGCUAGCAGAGGUUGAACAGACUUUCAGGAGAAUGCAGGCAAAUCCGGACUUGCAUAAGGUGAAAUUCCUCGAGUUUCAGAAGAAGGUCAUGUUGCAUCGCCAGGAGGUGAGGAAUCUGAGAGACAUGUCUCCAUGGAAUAGAAGUUAUGAUUAUGUUGUCCGGUUGUUGGCGAGAUCGCUAUUUACAAUCCUGGAGAGGAUCAUACUUGUCUUUGCAAUUAAUCAACCACCAACCGUUCAAGAACAAAAUGAUUAUCAGCAUAUGAAUGCUAACAAUCUUCUACGAAGUCAUUCCUUUUCUGUUAUGCAUUCUUCUGUUCAUCCUUCAGAGAAUGAUCUCUAUGGCUUCAAUUCAGGACCUGUUGGGGGGAGGCCAGUAUCAAAAUCAGGUUUUUUAGUUGACAAGGGCAGAAGAAAAAAGAAACAGCAGCAAGCUCUUCACGAACCAGCUUUAUUCAGAAAGAACCUGCAUUCAGAAAGCAAACAGUUAGGACAUAUUGUGGCCUUCAAAGGCUGUAUGUCUGCUGCAAACAAUUCUCCUGUCAUACAGAGCUGUAUGCAGACUAAUGGUGGCUCCAUGAGGUUAACUGAUUGUCAAUUGAAAUCUUUUGAUAAAAUGAAAACAGUGGAUAAGUUAUCUCUCUCCAACAGAAUUAGGAUAUACUCUAAAUUAUCCAUAAAAAACCGGUUAAAGCCAGUUUCACUUACCCUUGGUGAUGCAGCUCUAGCCCUACAUUAUGCAAAUAUGAUUGUAUUGAUUGAGAGGAUGUUGUCAUCACCUCACCUGGUUGAUCUUGCAGCAAGAGAUGAUCUGUACAAUAUGCUUCCAACUACUGUAACAACUGCUUUAAGGGCUAAGCUUAAGUGCCAUGCGAAAAGUAAAUCAUCCUCCAAUGCUCAUGAUGCAAACCCUGCUGCUGAAUGGAGUCCGGUGCUUGCACAGAUAUUAGAAUGGUUGGCUCCUCUAGCACAUAACAUGCUAAGCUGGCAUUCUGAGAGAAAUUUUGAGAAGGAGCACUCAGUUUUCAACGCAAAUGUUUUACUUGUCCAAACUCUUUACUUUGCAAAUCAAGCCAAAACUGAGGCCGCGAUAAUUGAUCUUCUUGUAGGUCUCAACUAUGUGUGCAGGAUUGAUACAAAAGUUGGCACAAGAGAUACACUGGAUUGUGUUAGUACUAGAUCUUUUAAUGGUGUUCAUUUGAGAAAGAAUGGAAUGUACAAUGAAUUUUUAUAGACUAUGACGUUUUGACAACGUCUGAAGGUUAAUGCCAUCAGCGCUGUUUAGCUCUAUCAUUUUCAAAUGAGAGGCUUUGCCGAAUAGUGGCUUUAUUUUUAGUA